AUCAUUGCUUUAGCAUUCGUUCUGGCCGUUGGAUUUCUGUUGGUUAUCUUAUCUUGCGCUCUUUAUUACAACUGGUGGCCUUUAUUAGUUGUUGCCACGUACAUUCUAGCACCUCUACCGAACGCUAUCUGUGGAAAAUGCGCAGGUGAAGACGAUCUCACUACUGCUUAUAAUAGUGGAAUGAUUGACGCAGGGCAUUUUAUUACUGGCAUGUUUAUCGUAUCCGGAUUCUGUUUACCUCUUGUUCUUGCCCAUGCCGAAGUGAUCACAGUUCCAGCUAUGAUCAUGAGUAUUGCUGGAGGAAUACUUGUUUAUGGAACAAUCAUUACUUAUACUCACUUCUUUUCAAAUCAAGGACAAGAAUAUGAUUGA